CCCAUGUGUUUGGGUGUUGGUGUGUGCAUGCAGGGUGGGUGGUGUGUAUACUUCUUGGUGUGUCCGAACAUGAGUGUGCUCAUGUGUUGGUGGCAACCUGGGGCAAGGCUUGGCCUGGGCCUGUGAGCAGGGCAUGUACCUGGGCACCCUGAGAGGGCAGAGUUUGGGCAGAGGGCAAGGAUGGGAGAUGCUGAGGGCGGGCUGUAGGGGAGAAUAGGACCACAGUGGGGGCCAGACUGGGCCCACCAGCCACGCAGCUCCUCCAUAGCUGCCCUUUCCCAGGCUCCGAGGAUGCCUGGUUCCGCUGCCCUCCCCCUCCAUGGGCUCCGAGGAGGCGUCCCCUGUGGAAUGUGUUUGGUGGCCGAGGGCCAGGCUGGGCCCAGCUCCACUAGCAGACUGGGCAGUGGGGAGGGGUACCUUUCUGCUGCCUCCAUGGUGGGGGGCCCACGUGCCUACUGCCCAGCCCCCAGCUCCAUGCUCUGCUCUCUCCCCGGCUAGGUGGCUCCCGCUCGGGGCAUGCCGUUGUCUCCUGAUCCAACCGGCCCUGCCAGGUGACCAUGCCUGCCCUCGGCCUAGCCCUCCUCCAGGCGCUCUGGGCCGGGUGGGUCCUCGCCCUCCAGCCCCCGCCACCGACGGCUUUCACCCCCAACGGUACGCGUUUGCAGCACCUGGCUCGAGACCCCACCUCAGGCACCCUCUACCUCGGAGCCACCAACUUCUUGUUCCAGCUGAGCCCCGAACUGCAGCUGGAGGCCACCGUGUCCACUGGCCCUGUGCUGGACAGCAGGGACUGUCUGCCUCCCGUGAUGCCGGAUGAGUGUCCCCAGGCGCAGCCCACCAGCAACCUGAACCAGCUGCUCCUGGUGAGCCCGGGGGCCCUGGUGGUGUGCGGCAGCGUGCACCAGGGGGUCUGUGAGCAGAGGCGCCUGGGGCAGCUCGGGCAGCUGCUGCUGCGGCCGGAACGGCCCGGGGACACCCAGUAUGUGGCUGCCAAUGACCCCACCGUCAGCACGGUGGGACUGGUGGCUCAGGGCCCGUCUGGGGAGCCCCUCCUGUUUGUGGGGCGAGGCUACACCAGCCGAGGUGUAGGGGGCGGCAUCCCGCCCAUCACCACCCGGGCCUUACAGCCCCCGGACCCCCAGGCCGCCUUCUCUUACGAGGAGACGGCCAAGCUCGCUGUGGGCCGCCUCUCGGAGUACAGCCAUCACUUUGUGAGCGCCUUCGCGCGUGGGGCCAGUGCCUACUUCCUGUUCCUUCGGCGGGACCUGCAGGCUCAGUCGCGAGCCUUCCGCGCCUACGUGUCUCGCGUGUGCCUCCGGGAUCAGCACUACUACUCCUACGUGGAGCUGCCCCUGGCCUGUCAGGGGGGCCGCUACGGGCUCAUCCAGGCUGCGGCCGUGGCCGCGUCUGCAGAGGUGGCCCAGGGCGAGGUGCUCUUCGUGGCCUUUUCCUCUGCGGCUCCCCCGACCGUGGGCCGGCCCCCAUCGGCAGCUGCCGGGAUGACUGGAGCAUCAGCACUCUGUGCCUUCCCCCUGGAUGAGGUGGAUCGCCUUGCUAAUCGCACCCGCGAUGCCUGCUACACCCGGGAGGGCCGCGCGGAGGACGGGGCGGAGGUGGCCUACAUCGAGUACGAUGUCAACUCUGACUGUGCUCAGCUGCCUGUGGACACUCUGGAUGCGUAUCCCUGUGGCUCAGACCACACACCCAGCCCCAUGGCCAGCCGUGUCCCCCUGGAAGCCACGCCGGUUCUGGAGUGGCCGGGGGUCCAGCUAACAGCCGUGGCGAUCACCGUGGAAGAUGGACACACCAUUGCCUUCCUGGGCGACAGUCAAGGGCAGCUGCAUAGGGCCUACUUGGGCCCAGGGAGCGAUGGCCAUCCGUACUCCACCCAGAUCGUCCAGCAGGGGUCUGCAGUGAGCAGAGACCUCAUCUUUGAUGGGGCCUUCAAGCACCUGUAUGUCAUGACCCAGAGCACGCUUCUCAAGGUUCCCGUGGCCUCCUGUGCUCAGCACCUGGACUGUGUGUCCUGCCUGGCUCACAGGGACCCAUACUGUGGAUGGUGUGUGCUCCUUGGCAGGUGCAGUCGCCAUUCCGAGUGCUCUCGGGGCCGAGGCUCAGAGCGGUGGCUGUGGAGCUUCCAUCCUGAGCUGGGAUGUCUGCGCGUGGCAGCACUGAGUCCUGCCAACAUCAGCCGUGAGGAGAGGAGGGAGGUUUUCUUGUCGGUACCUGACCUGCCCCGACUGUGGCCAGGGGAGUCUUACUCCUGCCACUUUGGGGAAUCCCAGAGUCCCGCCCUGCUGACCAAUUCUGGGGUGAUGUGCCCCUCCCCGGACCCUAGCGAGGCCCCAGAGCUGCCAAGAGGAGCCGACCAUGUGUCCGUGAGCAUGGAGCUCAGGUUUGGUGCCGUCAUGAUUGCCAAGGCUGCCCUCUCCUUCUACGACUGCGUGGCCGUCACCUUGCUCCGCCCGUCGGCGCCGUGCCAGGCCUGCGUGAGCAGCCACUGGGGGUGUAACUGGUGUGUCUGGCAGCACCUCUGCACUCACAAGGCCUCGUGUGAUGCCGGGCCCAUGGUGGUCGGCCGACAGAGCCCGCUUCUCUCCCCGGCCCCUCCUGCCCGAGAUGCACCCACAUCCUUCCCACCCACAGCCCCCCAGGCCAUGGUCACUCCCACCCCUGACACCCUGCCUGUGGACACUCCUUCCGUAGCCUCCAAUGUCCCCCCUGGGGCCAGGCCUUCCCCGUUCAGCCCCUGGGGCCCAUGGGCAAGAACUGGCCCCACCCCUGCCUCGGCUCCAACAGAGUUUCCUCUCCCUGGGGACCCUCCUCCUCCCCCGUCCAGCCCCCAGAGCACGCUUGGACCCGCCGUGCUCACUCCCACGGCCUUAGGACCCGUGGCCAUCCCCGAGGACCAGCCAGCCUCGCACCCACUACCCUCCGAGGCAGCAGCCCUGGCCCCCGCCCCCGUGGAGCCUGGCCCCGAGGUGCCCCCCUCGGCGGGUCCCCGGGACCACCCCCCCGGCUCUGCCCCUGCCACCACUUUCCCAGGGGCCGCUGGCUCCACGAAGCCCGCUCUGGACUGGCUCAUGAGAGAAGGCGGCGAGCUGCCCGAGGCGGACGAGUGGACGGGGGGUGAUACGCCCGCCUUGUCCACUUCCAGCCUCCUCUCAGGUGAUGGAGACUCCGCUGAGCACGAGGGCCCUCCCGCCCCGCUCAUCCUCCUGUCCAGCUUGGACUACCAGUACGACACCCCUGGGCUCGGGGAGCUGGAGGAAGUGACCUGGGGGGCAGCCUCCUGCCCUUGUGUGGAGAGCGUGCAGGGCUCCAGCCUGAUGCCCGUCCACGUGCGGCGAGAAGUGCGACUGCUGGGCCGGAACCUGCGCCUCUUCCAGGACAGCCCAGGAGACCACGAAUGUGUGAUGGAGCUGGAGGGCCGGGAGGUGGUGGUUGAGGCCCGGGUUGAGUGUGAGCCGCCUCCAGAUACCCGGUGCCACGUCACGUGCCGGCCGCACCAGCUCAGCUACGAGGCUCUGCAGCCAGAGCUCCGUGUGGGGCUGUUCUUGCGCCGGGCCGGCCGUCUGCGUGUGGACAGCGUGGAUGGGCUACACGUGGUGCUUUAUGACUGUUCUGUGGGCCACGAGGACUGCAGCCGCUGCCAAACCGCCCUGCCCCAGUACAGCUGCGUGUGGUGCAAGGGGGAGCGUCCCCAGUGCAUGGCCCUGGAGGCCUGCGGUGAGGCUGAGGCUGUGGUCACCCAGUGCCCAGCACCCGUCAUCCACUCGGUGGAGCCACUGACUGGGCCUGUAGAUGGUGGCACCCGGGUCACCAUCAGGGGCUCCAACCUGGGCCAGCACGUGCAGGACGUGCAGGACACGGUCAGAGUGGCUGGAGUGCCCUGUGCUGUGGAUGCCCAGGAGUAUGAGGUGUCCAGCAGCCUCGUGUGUAUCACCGGGGCCAGCAGGGAGGAGGUGGCAGGCGCCGUGACGGUGGAGGUACCAGGAAGAGGACGCGGCGUUUCAGAGCAUGACUUUGCCUACCAGGACCCCAAGGUGCAGUCCGUCUUCCCAGCCCGAGGCCCCAGAGCUGGGGGUACAAGCCUCACCCUGCACGGCUCCAAGCUUCUGACCGGGCGGCUGGAGGACAUCCGAGUGGUGGUGGGCGACCAGCCUUGUCACCUGCUGCUGGGGCAGCAGGCUGAGCAGCUGCAAUGCGAGACCAGCCCACACCCCACGCCUGCCACGCUCCCCGUGGCUGUGUGGUUUGGGGCCGCCGAGCGGAGGCUUCAGCACAGCCAGUUCGAGUACACGUCGGACCCCAAUGUCACAUCUGCCAGUCCCACCAAGAGCUUCCUCAGUGGAGGCCGUGAGAUCCGGGUCUGUGGCCAGAAUUUAGAUGUGGUACAGACACCAAGAAUCCGCGUGACCGUGGCCACGAGCGCAUCAAGGCCGGGCCAGGGGCUUGAGCGGAGGCGCCGCGUGGUCCCAGAGACAGCGUGCUCCCCCGGCGUGUCCUGUGGUGGCCUUCAUUUUGAGGAGCCUUGCCACGUGAACUCUUCCCAGCUCAUCACGUGCCGCACGCCGGCCCUCCCAGGCCUGCCCGAAGACCCCUGGGUCCGUGUGGAAUUUAUCCUUGACAAUCUGGUCUUUGACUUUGCGACCCUGAACCCCACGCCCUUCUCCUAUGAGCCCGACCCCACCCUGCAGCCCCUCAACCCCGAAGACCCCAGCGUACCGUUCCGGCACAAGCCUGGGAGUGUGCUCUCUGUGGAGGGGGAGAAUCUGGACCUCGCGAUUUCCAAGGAGGAGGUGGUGGCCCUGAUCGGGGACGGCCCGUGCGUGGUGAAGACGCUGACCCGGCACCACCUGUACUGCGAACCUCCCAUGGAGCAGCCCCUCCCCCGGCACCAUGCCCUCCGGGAGGUGCCCGACGCCUUGCCCGAGUUCACGGUGCAGAUGGGGAACCUUCGUUUCUCCCUGGGCCACGUGCAGUACGAUGGCGAGAGCCCCGUGGCUUUUCCCCUGGCAGCCCAGGUGGGCUUGGGGGUGGGCACCUCUCUCCUGGCUCUGGGUGUCAUCAUCAUCGUCCUUAUGUACAGGAGGAAGAGCAAGCAGGCUCUGAGGGACUAUAAGAAAGUGCAGAUCCAACUGGAGAACCUGGAGAGCAGUGUGCGGGACCGUUGCAAGAAGGAGUUCACAGACCUGAUGACCGAGAUGACCGACCUCACCAGUGACCUUCUGGGCAGCGGCAUCCCCUUCCUCGACUACAAGGUGUAUGCCGAGAGGGUCUUCUUCCCUGGGCACCAGGAGUCGCCCUUGCACCGGGACCUGGGCGUGCCUGAGAGCAGGCGCCCCACCGUGGAGCAGGGGCUGGGGCAGCUGUCCAACCUGCUCAACAGCAAGCUCUUCUUGACCAAGUUCAUCCACACCCUGGAGAGCCAGCGCACCUUCUCAGCCCGGGACCGCGCCUACGUGGCGUCUCUGCUCACCGUGGCGCUGCAUGGAAAGCUGGAGUAUUUCACCGACAUCCUGCGCACCCUGCUCAGUGACCUGGUGGCCCAGUAUGUGGCCAAGAAUCCCAAGUUGAUGCUGCGCAGGACAGAGACCGUAGUGGAGAAGCUGCUCACCAAUUGGAUGUCCAUCUGCCUGUACACUUUUGUGAGGGACGCAGUGGGGGAGCCUUUGUACAUGCUUUUCCGUGGAAUUAAGCAUCAAGUGGACAAAGGGCCAGUAGACAGUGUGACCGGCAAAGCCAAAUACACCCUGAAUGACAACCGCCUGCUCCGAGAGGAUGUGGAGUACCGGCCCCUGACCUUGAAUGCGCUGCUGGCUGUGGGGCAUGGAGCGGGAGAAGCCCAGGGUGUGCCCGUGAAGGUCCUGGACUGUGACACCAUCUCCCAGGCCAAGGAGAAAAUGCUGGAUCAGCUUUAUAAAGGAGUGCCCCUUGCCCAGCGGCCAGAUCCCCGCACCCUGGAUGUUGAGUGGCGGUCUGGGGUGGCCGGGCAUCUCAUUCUUUCCGACGAGGAUGUGACAUCUGAGAUCCAGGGUCUGUGGCGGCGCCUGAACACUUUGCAGCAUUAUAAGGUCCCCGACGGAGCAACUGUGGCCCUCGUGCCCUGCCUCACCAAGCAUGUCCUCCGGGAAAGCCAGGAUUACGUGCCAGGAGAGAGUCUUGGCACAGGGACCCCGAUGCUGGAGGAUGUGGACGAGGGGGGCAUCCGGCCCUGGCACCUGGUGAAGCCCAGCGAGGAGCCGGAGCCCCCCAGGCCUCGGAGGGGCAGCCUUCGGGGCGGGGAGCGGGAGCGGGCCAAGGCCAUCCCGGAGAUCUACCUGACACGGCUGCUAUCCAUGAAGGGGACCCUGCAGAAGUUCGUGGAUGACCUGUUCCAGGUGAUUCUCAGCACCAGCCGCCCGGUGCCACUCGCCAUAAAGUACUUCUUCGACCUGCUGGACGAGCAGGCCCAGCAGCACGGCAUCUCGGACCAGGACACCGUCCACAUCUGGAAGACCAACAGCUUGCCCCUGAGGUUCUGGAUCAACAUAAUCAAAAACCCACAGUUCGUGUUUGACGUGCAGACAUCUGACAAUAUGGACGCGGUGCUCCUGGUCAUCGCCCAGACCUUCAUGGACGCCUGCACCCUGGCUGACCACAAGUUGGGCCGGGACUCCCCCAUCAACAAACUUCUGUAUGCCCGCGAUAUUCCCCGGUACAAACGGAUGGUGGAAAGGUACUAUGCAGACAUCAGACAGACCAUCCCCGCCAGUGAUCAAGAAAUGAACUCCAUCCUGGCCGAGCUGUCUCGGAACUACUCCGGAGACCUGGGGGCUCGAGUGGCCCUGCAUGAGCUCUACAAGUAUAUCAACAAAUACUAUGACCAGAUCAUCACUGCCCUGGAGGAGGAUGGCACGGCCCAGAAGAUGCAGCUGGGCUAUCGGCUCCAGCAGAUCGCGGCGGCUGUGGAAAACAAGGUCACAGAUCUGUAGGCUCUGGGAGAGCACGGGCCGGCCGUGCCCCAGCCCCACCUGGACAGCCCCGCCUGGACAGCCCCGGGACUGCGUGGGAGAGACCGCCUUCUUAGAUCCCGUAGUGCCUGAGCAGCAGAGUUAGUGGAAGGUGCCUCCCGGGCUCCUGGUGGCUCUGGCCCCGGCCCCGCUGGACUCACUUCGCAGGCCGGGGGCCUUGAGGCUGGCGGCCUGGUGCCCGGUGUGCCGCCCGUGCCCGGCGGCCCUGUGGGCUGUUGCCUUGUGACGUCAGUCUGCAGGGAGCCGGGGACUAAGGGCUUCCGGGGCCGGGCCGGAAGGGCCUCCAGCCCCUGGAGAGACUGGACUGUUGUGAGCGCUGGGCUCCGUUCCAGGGAGAUCCAGAGAGAAAGGAGGAGAGGCCCCACUUCCCGUCCCACCCUCCUGCUCCAUCAGCCCUGACCUCGUCAGCCACCUCCGGCCUUGUUGCUGCUGCCACGAUCCUCGGUCAGAGAGAUGAAUGCCUUUCGAGGCCACUGCCAACUCACCCCUCAGCAGGGCUGGCUGCCUCAGGGCCACCCUGCCACCGAGGCUGCCAGGAGUGAGGGGUGUCUGCUGCAGGGGGUCCUGCAGGAGAAUGGGGGCCCCACUCACCCGGUUCUUCAUUAAAGGAUAAC